AUGAUCGAUCGAACAAUUAUUCUUUCCUUCGUCUUUGUGUUUUUCACUGGUGAGUCACAUUCAAAGUGCAUGCCUACUGCAAUAUUUAUUGUUAGGGCGUAA